CUUGGCAGAGACGCGCCAGAAUUGGAGAAAGCAGCAAGAGAGAGAAAUUAGAAAGGGAAAAAAGCCCAAUAGCCUGGAGAGGCUUUGCCCUUUGUAAUGACGUAGUGUCCUGGGCCUCUCCCCUCAUUCCCUUCCCCUCCCUUCAGCCAGCCCCCACCCCUCGCCCCUCACAGCCUUGGAAGCCACAAUUAAGCGGCUCUGGGAUAAAACACACUGGCUGCAAGAGGACUGGGGCAUUGCUUCAAGAGAUGGCAAGGCAGCUGGCUGCAUCCCUCCUUCCCGGAGUCCUCCUCCUCCUCGCCAUCCUCCCAGCUUCUCGGCAAGGAGGGGUGCCUGGUGCUGGAGGGGGAGUUCCGGCUCUAGGAUAUUACCCAGGAGCUGCUGGGGUUGGAGGCCUGGGAGCAGGAGGCCUAGGGGUUGGAGCUGGACUUGGGGGUGCAGGGCUCGGUGUUGGAGCAAAACCUCCCAAGCCAGGCCUCGGGGGACUCGGCACACUUGGCCUGCAGCCAGGUGGCGUAGUCCAGCCAGGUUUCUACCCAGGAGGCGUCUACCCAGGCGGCAUCUACCCAGGGGCUGGGCUGGGAGCCUAUAAAGCUGUUGCCAAAGCUGGUGCUGGUGUGGGCGGAGUGGGCGGAGUCGGCGGUGUGGGUGGACCCGGCGGUGUUGGGGUCUCCACAGGUGCUGGAGUGCCCCAGACUGGGGUGCAGCCAGGAGUAGGCGCUGGAGGGAAACCUGCCAAGGUACCAGGUAUUGGCAUUCCAGGGGUGUACCCGGGUGGCGUGCUCCCAGGAACAGGGGUCCGUUACCCUGGCAUAGGCGUCCUGCCUGGUGUGCCCACUGGGACUGGAGUCAAGGCAAAAGCCCCAGGAGGAACAGGAGCCCUUGCAGGAAUUCCCGGAUUCGGAGGCUUCGGGGGCCAGCAGCCCGGUGUCCCUCUGGGAUAUCCCAUCAAAGCCCCCAAGCUCCCAGGUGGCUAUGGGCUGCCCUACAGCACUGGAAAGCUGCCUUACGGGUACGGACCAGGCGGGCUAGGUGCUGGUGCUGCGGGAAAGGCAGGAUACCCCACGGGGACAGGAGUUGGAGCUCAGGUAGCAGCAGCUAAAGCAGCAGCUAAAUAUGGUGCUGGCGUCGUGCCUGGUGCUGCUGGCAUCCCCGGAGUCGGAGGUCUCGGAGGCCUGGUGCCCGGAGUUGGGGGUCUCCCUGGAGUUGCAGGUGUCCCAGGGGUUGCAGGAGCUGGAAGCCCAGCAGCGGCAGCAGCAGCAGCAGCAGCAAAAGCAGCCAAGUACGGAGCGGGUGGUGUUGGAGGCCUGGUGCCCGGUGUUGGCGGUGUCCCAGGCGUGGUGCCCGGUGUUGGCGGUGUCCCUGGCUUGGUGCCCGGUGUCGGCGGUGUCCCAGGAGUUGGAGCUGGACUUCCAGCAGGAGCGGCAGCAGCAGCAGCAGCAAAAGCCGCCAAGUACGGAGCGGGUGGUGUUGGAGGCCUGGUGCCCGGUGUUGGCGGUGUCCCUGGCGUGGUGCCCGGUGUUGGCGGUGUCCCUGGCGUGGUUCCUGGCGUCGGCGGUUUCCCAGGAGUUGGAGCUAUAAGCCCGGCAGCAGCGGCAGCAGCGAAAGCAGCAGCGAAAGCAGCAGCAUAUGGGGCUGGACGCGUACCAGGUGUGGCACCCGGAGUUGGAGGCUUGGUGCCUGGCAUUGGUGGGGGUCUGGUGCCCGGCGUUGGUGGGGGUCUGGUGCCUGGUGUUGGUGGAGCCCUGGUGCCCGGCGUUGGAGGAGUCGUCAGUCCAGCAGCAGCAGCCAAAGCAGCGGCUAAAGCAGCCAAGUACGGAGCUGGCGGUGUUGGAGGCCUAGUGCCCGGUGGAGUCGGAGGCCUGGUGCCCGGUGGAGUCGGAGGCCUGGUGCCCGGUGGUGUCGGAGGCCUGGUGCCCGGUGGUGUCGGAGGCAUCCCAGGACUCCUCAGUCCCGCAGCAGCAGCCAAAGCAGCUGCAAAAGCAGCCAAGUACGGUGCUGGCGUCGCACCUGGAGUCGGCGGGGUGCCAGGCUUAGUGCCUGGGGCCGGUAGGGUGCCAGUCGCUACGCCGGGGGCUGGCGGGGUGCCAGUUGUAACGCCGGGGACUGGGGGCUUUGUGCCCGGUGCGGGAAGAGUGCCAGGCACAGGCAUUGUACCUGGAGUAGGGAUUCCCCAGCUGGGCGUGCAGCCAGGCGCCAAGCCUCCCAAGUACGGGUUCGGUGUUGGGGGCCUGCAGCCAGGGGCUGGAGUUCCUGGCUUCGGUUUGUCUCCCAUUUACCCAGGUGGACUCGCUGGCCAGCUGGGAUACGGCGGAAAACCUCUCAAGACGUAUGGUGGGGCCCUGGGAGCCCUGGGAUACAGAGGUGGCGUGGGCUGUGCGCAAGGGAAGUACUGUGGCAGGAAGCGGAAGUAACCCAGCCAGGCUGCUACCAUUAACCUCAUGAACUUUGGUGCUACUGCAUGGUCUAGAAUGUAAACCCUGAGUAAAGCAGUGAUCCCGCCCCCCUCCCCCGCUCCCCCGCCGGCCCCCCGGAGGGAAUUCCACGGCCCCUGACGCCCCCUUCGCUCCGGCCCGGGGGUCCCCACCCUCUCUCCAGCGGGAAGCACAGAACAAACUGCGGGAAACGCCGUUCCCACUGGUGCUAAAGCUCCCUGCGGGGAGAGCCGGGCAGGCCUCCGUGGGGCGGGUGCUUCUCUGGGCAGGGCAGGACAGCACCCUCCCCGGGGGCCCUGGGGGAGGAAGAGAUGGGGGCUGGUUUCCAAGAGAACAGCGAGGGGCUGGGCUCCAUCUGCCGCCAGCACAUGGGCGAAUGGCCCGUCAGCAGCGCCCAGCCCCAGCACAUCCCAGCUGCUCCCAAGACUCCGUCCAGCUGGCAUUGGUGCCAUGUGCCAGGGACUUCUUAGCAGCUAGCCAGCCUUGUGUCUGUCAGCCCCCUCCAUGCCUGCCCGCCCCAGGGCCCACGCUGCAGGGUGCCACGGGAUGGGGUUCGUGGGCUCCAUGCAGGCGGGCAGGGGAAUGCCUCCUGCUCAGACACUCAUGCCAGUGGGGCCAGUAGGGGCUCGUGGGUGGGUUAAAUUCACCCAGAGUUCUUUGCGGCAGGGCCAUCUGAUUGGCUGACCCAUCCUUGCACUGGAGGACACAGCCCUCCCGGUGCGUGGGGAGGGGUUGGCACUAUCAGCAGAGCCAAGUCACUAACACUGAUGGGAUUAGCCAUGCGCCCGCCCUCACUCAGCAGUACUGUACGGGCAGCCAGCGCCAGCCCAGCCCUGCCGUGUCUCCGAGGCCCCGCUGGGACCUGCCCUUCCUCUUGCCCUGGAGGCCCGUGUGUUCCUGAGAGCUGUCGGCCGGAAGGAAUCGCACCUCUCCAUGUUACUCACUUGGUAUAGCUCGGGUGGGACAUGUUAUAAAGAGGGAAAGUAACUGCUUCCAAACGACUAAUAAACAAUGACUUCUAAAGGA